UGGUUAUAAACCCGGUUACCGCGAGCUCACAGAUGCGCGUGGAUAUUUGAAGAAGUGUUGAGAGUUUACCCGGAAGUUAAACCGGAAGUAAAACAUUUUUUUUUUUGCCGCACGCCGCUUUUCUUUGAUAUAUAUAUAUGUGUGUGUGUGUGUGUGUGUGUGUGUAUAUAUAUAUAUAAUGAAAAUCGGUGCCGCGCGUGCAGGAAUCUUAUCUGAACACUCCCGGAGAGAAGCAUGACAUCACUCUGAUGUCAUGAUGAGCUCGUACACUCGCGGCGCCCCCACGGUGUUCUUGAUAAGUGCAGUGUGUGUGUUGGCACAAAGCGACUGGGAGCCGAGCGGAGGUGAAGUGCCCUUUAUGGGCGGACACUACUCUGGACACCCCAUGCUGUAUUUUGGGCGUGAGGCGGUGCCUGAGCUGCGGAGGGCAGCGCUGAGCACCCACUCUGAGCUGGCUCAGCAGAUCUGGCGUGCCGGUGAGGACAUGCUCACAAACCCCGCCCAGUUCCUCCCACCACGAGACCCUGAAGAAUUUUCCUCCCGCUGGAAUGAAAUCUAUGGGAACAACCUGAGCGUAUUAGCGAUGUUUUGUCUGCUUUACCCACAACGCACUGGGGCACUCAGUCUGGCUCGAGAGUACAUGGAUCGCAUGGCUGCUCAGCCCAGCUGGUUGGUGAAGGAUGCCCCAUGGGAUGAGGUUCCUAUGGCUCACUCUCUGGUGGGUUUUGCGACAGCGUAUGACUUCCUGUUUGAGUUCCUGAGUGAGACGGAGCAGGAGCGUUAUCUCCAGGUGCUGGGAAACGCCUCUCUAUACAUGUAUGACAAAUCACUGCAGAGGGGGUGGAGCUUCCAGUUCCUCCACAACCAUCAACCAACCAACUGCGUUGCCCUGCUGACCGCCUCCCUCAUCCUGCUGAACCAGGGUUGUCUCCAGGAGGCCUAUGUGUUUGUUCAGCAGGUGAUGGUGAUUAUGGAGAAGGCUCUGGUUGUGCUGCGUUCUGUAGUUGAUGGAUCUCUGUAUGAAGGUGUUGCGUAUGGAACCUACAGCACACGUUCUCUGUUCCAGUACAUCUUCCUUCUGCAGAGACACUUCAACAUCUCACACUUCAAACACCCAUGGCUUCUCCAACACUUUCACUUCCUCUACAGGACACUGCUGCCCGGUUUCCAGAGGAAUGUUGCCAUCGGCGACUCAAACUACAAUUGGUUUUAUGGCCCUGAGAGUCAGCUUGUGUUCCUCGAUCGCUAUGUCAUGAGGAACGGCCAGGCUAACUUCCUGGCUGAACAGAUACGACGUCAUCGUGUGCAGGACGGACCGGGACAACCAUCACGGGGACAGAAGUGGUGUACAUUACACACUGAGUUUAUCUGGUAUGAUGCCGGUCUCGAAGCCACGCCUCCUCCGGAUUUUGGAAAGCCCCAUCUGCAUUAUUUUGAGGACUGGGGCGUGGUGACGUACGGAGGAGGUCUGCCUGCAGGGAUGAAUCAUUCCUUCCUGUCGUUUAAGUCUGGGAAACUUGGUGGCCGGACCAUCUUCGACAUCGUGCACCAGGGGCGCUACAGGGAGUGGAUCCGUGGCUGGAAGAACUUCAACGCUGGACACGAGCAUCCCGACCAGAACUCGUUCACCUUUGCACCUAAAGGUUUCCCUUUCAUCACCGAGGCGUUGUACGGCCCCAAGUACACGCUCCUCAACAACGCCGUUCUAUUCGCUCCCUCCACCAACCGUGCCUGCUUUUCUCCCUGGGAAGGCCAGGUGACUGAGGCGUGUGACUCCAAGUGGUCGAAGUAUAAGUACGGUGCUGCAGCAGACUGUGAAGGUCGUGUGGAGGCGGCGUUAGAACGUCAAGGGGUCGUUUUCAUCCGCGGCGAGGGACGGGGCGCAUACAGCCCGGUGCUGAAGAUCAAAAACCUGCAAAGGAACCUUGUUCUUCUCCAGCCUGACCUCCUGUUGCUCUUGGACCAUGUUCACCUGGAUGCUGAAAGUCCUGCGCACAGCAUCAGUGCCUUCUUCCACAACACAGACUUCCCGUUCCAGCACAGCGCAGAGAGAGAGGGCGUCCAUGGUGCGUUUGUCCAGCAUGGACAGGACGAGUACACCAUGCUGUGGAGGGAUGACACGGGCUACAGCGGAGAAGCUGAUACAGCGUACUGGACAUAUCCACACGGAUACCCCUACAACGGCUCUCACUACGUUAACGUCACCAUGUCACUACGCUUCCCACACACCCGCAUCGCCUACCUGUUUUUGGGCCCAGACGUUGAAGUUCUCAGCUUCAGCCUACGUGGAGACAUGGAGAGGAUUGAUGUCCACCUGACCACACGAGACCACACCUUCACCAUCCAUAUCCUUACAUCAGAGAACCCCAGCAAACCUCUGUUUGCCAUGGUGCUGAAAGACCGUUUGGAGAAGGUGGUGUUUGAGCGGGCAGCAGCGGUUCAGGAGCGCCCCCUGGUGGAGAUGCAAGGCUACAUUCACCUGGUGGAGCAAAACCUUCAGCUCCUUAAACCAGUCUUCCAGCAGUUUGAGCGCCAGGUAAAAACACGCAUCCUCAAUGCUGAGGGAUUCCACGAAAUCACAGAACGAUUAAGAAAGACCUCUGAAAAGAAGAGGAAGUUAAAGAAGAAGGUGGCAUCAGCUGUGGAGAAGAUGUUUUCAGUCACUAAGAAGCCAAGGAAAGUGAAGGGGUUAAAGAAAGCCAUUGGCAAGCUCCUGAAUGAAGCUGGAGAGAAGCAGCAGGGGGCACUGAGACCAGACGGCAACGCCGAUGAAGGUCAUGCACACAGGAGCAAGAAGGUUAAGAUCAUACCAGGUCACGUGUUUAAAGAAUUCCACACUGCAGCGGUGGUGAGCGGGACUGAAGCGUCUGUCUCCUUCUCCUACAUACGCGUGUUCCUGGUCCUGAACAUCGGAGCCUUCUUCCUGCUGCUAACCGUUCUGCUCACACAGCUGCAGCGAGCACCGAGUCUCCACACGCAGCGCUGCAUCUACUGCAUCCUGCUGCUCGACAGCUUCAUCCUCCUCUGCCUCUACUCAUCCUGCUUCCAUGGACACUGCUGAUUCAGAGUUCUGUGAAAAACUUAGUACACCCCUUAGGGUGUAGCACCCCUUAAGCAUAGAGGUGCUCACACUUGAUCAGUUAAUCAAGGACAUUUUUUUUUUAGCAUCACCUGGUGGCUACUUCGCCUCAUAAUUCCUAUGGAAGCAGUAAGGGGUGUACUUAGAUUUCACACAUGGUUUCUGUAUUUUAGCUUGAUUUAUAUAAAUAAAUAAUUACAAAAUA